AUGACCAAGGUACUGGGCAUUCCUGCAGUUCUGGGCCCUAGGCCUCCACAGAAGCAGGUGGGACCUGUGGUUGUAAAAGUCAAGGAAGAGGAGGAGGAGAAAGAAAAGGGCCUUCCUGGCUUGGAGAUAUUUCGCCAACGCUUCAGGCAGUUCGGGUACCAUGACACACCUGGACCCCGGGAGGCCCUGAGCCAGCUCCGGGUGCUCUGCUGUGAGUGGCUGCGGCCCGAGCUGCACACCAAGGAGCAGAUUGUGGAGCUGCUGGUGCUGGAGCAGUUCCUGACCAUCCUGCCCGAGGAGCUCCAGGCCUGGGUGCGGGAGCACUCUCCGGAGAGUGCUGAAGAGGCUGUGGCUCUCCUGGAAGAUCUGGAGCGAGAGCUGGAUGAACCAGGACAAGAGGUGGGAAGGGGAAAACUUUCUUUUCUUCAAAGAGAUUGGGAGCAUAGAAUUUCAGGCAAGAGCAAGGGGUUGUCCAUACAAUAA